AUGAUUCAGGGCACAAGGUUGUCAUGGCGGGGUCAGACCGCCCUGGAGUGCCUAAAGGUGUUUAAUGGCAUCCCACCACCCUACGACAAGAAAAAGCGGAUGGUGGUGCCUGCGGCCCUCAAGGUUGUGCGCCUGAAGCCCACGAGGAAGUUUGCUUACCUGGGACGCCUGGCUCACGAGGUUGGCUGGAAGUACCAGGCGGUGACGGCCACGCUGGAGGAGAAGCGGAAGGAGAAGGCCAAGAUGCAUUACUGCAAGAAGCAGCAGCUGAUGAGGCUACGGAAACAGGCCGAAAAGAACGUGGAGAAGAUCAACAAGUUCAUAGAGGCCCUCAAGACCCACGGCCUCCUGGUCUGAGUCCAAUAAAGACUUUGUUGCUCA